AACCAAAACGCCACCGUGUCUUCCGCAGCUCUCUUUAUUAAUUACAAGCACAACGCAACGCAAGCCUUUACGUUCCGUUCCAAACUCUCUUCUUCUUCUUCUUCUUCAGGAAUCAGGGCUCUCUCUCAACCAAAGCUCCAAGCCAAGCUCUUCAUCGCCACGACGUCGUGUAGUAGUUCGGCAGACGGCAGCCAUGUCUUACGACUACCUCUUCAAGUACAUCAUCAUCGGCGAUACAGGCGUUGGGAAAUCGUGCCUGCUCUUGCAAUUCACCGACAAGAGGUUCCAGCCGGUGCAUGAUCUCACCAUUGGUGUCGAAUUCGGCGCUCGCAUGGUCACCAUCGACGGCCGUCCCAUCAAGCUCCAGAUUUGGGACACAGCUGGGCAAGAAUCUUUCCGGUCCAUCACUAGAUCUUACUACAGAGGAGCAGCUGGAGCACUUCUGGUAUAUGACAUAACCAGGAGAGAGACAUUUAAUCAUCUUGCAAGCUGGCUAGAGGAUGCUCGGCAACAUGCAAACCCCAACAUGACAAUCAUGCUCAUAGGGAACAAGAGUGAUCUUGCCCAUCGGAGGGCUGUCAGCAAAGAGGAAGGGGAACAAUUUGCAAAGGAAAAUGGACUUCUAUUCUUGGAGGCAUCUGCAAGAACAGCUCAAAAUGUUGAAGAGGCUUUCAUAAGGACUGCUGCAAAAAUCCUUCAGAAUAUUCAGGAAGGUGUAUUUGAUGUAUCCAAUGAGUCAUCUGGCAUCAAGGUUGGGUAUGGGCGCCCCCAAGGUCCAUCAGGUGCGAGAGAUGGAGCAGUUGCUCAGAGAGGUGGAUGUUGUGGCUAAUUGAAAGAGAUUGCUUCUUUAUUUGACCUUCUGUGCAAUUAAUUUCUUCGUUUCUUCAUUCCUGUUACAAACACACUUGCAACUGUCAUGCGACUAUGGACAAAAUUAAGAUGUAUAGAUUUGGUUGCAACUGUUCUUGGGACAGAUUUGGUUCUGUUAGUAAAUCAACUCCUUUUCAGUGCACCA